ACGCGCCUUGUCUUCGACUAUGUCGAUUGUCACCAUUCGCAAUGUUGAGUUCCUCAAUAACCCAGCACGGUUCUCCGAUCCAUAUCGGUUUCGCGUCACCUUUGACUGCAUCGCACACUUGCAGGACGACUUAGAAUGGCGUCUUAUAUACGUGUCAUCCCCCGGGAACGAAGACCUUGACCAGGAGCUCGACGAUUGCCUGGUCGGACCAGUCCCAAUGGGGGUCAACUCCUUCGAAUUCGAGGGCUCCCCGCCCGAUCCCUCCAAGAUACCAAAAGAAGACGUGCUCGGAGUGGCCGCACUCAUCCUGACCGGCUCCUACAAAGACCAGGAGUUCGUACGCGUGGGCUACUACCAGAACACUGAAUACGACAAUGAGGAAAUGAAGGAGACGCCACCGGAAAAGAUCAUGUUCGAGCGGUUGGUGCGGGAUAUCAGCUCAAAGCCGCGCGUAACGCGCUUCCAGAUCAAGUGGGAUGUCGCGCCACCGAGUACGGGCCGCGCCGCGGCGGGGGCAGCCACUUCGGCAGCCGUCCCUUCUGCAAACGACCUCGAGACGGAGGACGCGUCACCUUCUGCACCGAAUGGCUCUGCGUCCUGAGUCGAUCAUCACCCUCUCCCAUGUUAUGUCUGGCGUCGAUAUUGCUAUGUACCUGUCUAUACUUUCCCCCGCAUAUUCCAAGGCUCUUCGCAUGUAAGUCAACAAACAUCAUUGAACGCACCAAAGCCGCUCCCACGAGCUAUACAGUUCUGAUCCUCCUCAAGCACCUUGCGAGGGUGUCUGCUGCAUCGCCUCCGCUCCCUUCGGUCUUGCCCCCUGCCACAGACUUGACGGUGAGUGCGAACAGCCAGUUCCGUGUCGUCUGCAGUCAAGGAACAGUAGCCCACCUCAUGCUCGCUGGCGGAGACCCGAUGCGCAGAGUUGCUUCGUUGCGCGAUAGGUGGUGGAGUCAGGCUCGGAGUGUAGCUGUACUACUCAUCUGCGUUCCCCAUCACCGACAGUCAUAGCAAGCCGUAACAAGUAACACUGCAACAAUGACACUUGGCU